CGAAUGUGAGCUGUUCUGCCUACAGGCUGUUACAGUACUAAAGAGAUGGACACCCCUUCAACAGACAUGGAUCCUGAACUUGCCCGGCAGCUGUUCUUUGAAGGUGCAACCCUGGUGAUAUUGGGGGUACCAGAAGGCUCUGAAUUUGGCAUAGACUAUAAUAGCUGGCAAGUGGGACCUCGAUUUAGAGGUGUAAAAAUGGUGCCCCCGGGUGUUCAUUUCAUGCACUACAACGUGGUUGGUAAAGGAGGGGGCCUUGGAGACAUGAGCCCGCGCAGCAGCAUGUUCCUCUAUUUGCAACAGAGAGAGCUGCGUCUUUUCCGCUGGGACCCCCAGGAGGAAGAGAUGGUCGUAGCCCCUCAAGAAGAAGCCGAAAAACUAAGGGAGGAGCUUCAAUCCUUAGAUUCCUUCCUGGGGCCAUAUCCUUAUCAGAGCAUGCGUCGCUGGGUGUCGCUCAGUAAUCACAUCAAGAAAGAGUCCAUGUUCAGGCUACAGCCGAAAUGUGGCACCAUCUUCUCCUUUCCUGAGGUCCUUCCUACGGAACCCAUGACCCACACUGCCGACCGAGUCCAACAUAAUCUGCCCAGAUAUGACAGUGUGUGCCAAAGCUAUAAGGAGGGCAUGGCCAGGCUGCCCCAAAUGAAGCAGAAAGAGGGAACAGAGAUUCGGUUUAGCCUGAUUCCUGACAAGACGUACCCUGAUAAUGCCACCCCUACUGAGAUCACCCAGCACAGCUUGGACCUUUCCUAUGCCCUGGGGCAGUUGCUGAAUACACACUACCCAGGGCAACCCUUGGAGCUGCUUGCUGAGCUGCAGUUCUCCUUUGUCUGCUUUGUACUUGGGAAUGUGUAUGAAGCAUUUGAGCAGUGGAAGAAAAUACUGAACCUUUUGUGCCGGGCAGAGAAUUUCUCCCUGCAGCACCCAGAACUGUACAUGGAAACUAUAUCAGUCCUAUACCACCAGCUGGCACAAGUACCCACUGACUUCUUUGUUGACAUUGUAUCCCAGAGCAAUUUCCUUACCAGUACUCUGCAGGUUCUCUUCUCCUUUCUGUGUUCCCCCACUGCCAAUCCAGCUCUCAGGAAGAAAGCAAUUCGGUUCAGGGCUCAUCUAACCAAGAAAUUCCAGUGGGAUUUUGAAGAGGAGCCUGAUGACUGUGCACCCCUUAUUGUUGAUUUGCCUGCAGGAUUGGAUCCUUCCUCACAAAGUGCUGCUUCCUGAGCCAAAGGACAAGGAUAACAAACCCUGUGUUAUUUGCACUUACAUUCUGUAUCUGUCUCCAUUAGGAUGAGCUAACGGAAUAUACAGCCUCGAGAUCAGUUCCCCAGUGCAGGGAUAAUACAACACUGGGGAGCCAACAGAUCAUUCCAUUUCUGCUCCCCAUUAAAAAAAAUGCAUUUCUGAAGAGAAGAAGAGGCUUCAUGUUCAUCCUACAACUGUUUAUUAUUGGCUUCUCGGUGCCACCUUGUUAACAUGUAAAAAGCUUUGUAUCUUCUAACUCCCGUCACCUCCACAGAAGUAAUUAUAUUUCAGCCAAGCGUC